AUGGAAACCUACCCGCGGACAAGUCCGAAGGCUAGGAAGGUCCAGCAGAAGGCCGCGAGAUACUACAUGCACGACAACAAGCUCAUCCGCAGAUCAUACUCCGGCCCUCACCUUACCUGCAUAAAAUACCCUCAAACACUUGAGGUCCUCUGCAAAAUUCACGACGGCGAGUGUGGCAACCACUCUGGGGGCAGGUCACUCGCCCAGAAGGCUCUAAACAUAGGCUACUUCUGGCCUACCAUGCGCCACGACUCCGCUGAAUAUGUCAAAAAGUGUGAUCGUUGCCAGCGAUACAAGCCGAUCCCUAACUUGCCUGCCGAAGUUUACCAUCUGCAAAAUAGUCCAUGGCGAUUCAUGCAAUGGUCAUUGACUUAG